AUGACGUCUACCUCGCGCGGUGCUGUGACGCUGCCGAUCUGGUCGGAGGGCACGACUGCCCGGCCUCAUGUCCUUCACAAGCACCUCACGGUCGACCAAGACAGAAUCGUGACGGUUUACAAGCACCAACGCCGAAAUUCUCCCACCAAAGACAUGCAUCUGAGCGAGCAGGACAUCGGCCCUGCCUCGCGGGCGAAGAGAGCUGGAAACUUCCGAGUCCAAUCGCCAAACGCAGCAGAUAUACAACCAGGCAAUGCAGCUCCAGACCAGCCUCGAUUCGAGGACCGAUUUUGGACCGAAAAGGCGUCAGCAGUGCCCGAAGAUUCGCCGUUUACAAAUCCCAAAGUGGUGAAAUCUACCAACAACUGGAAUAUCGGAAAGGGUUCCAUCGCCGCGGUGGUUAUCAUCUCAGUGAUCACAGUUCUGGGCCUCAGCUUCCUGGUCUACUGGUACAUCAACAGAGAAUGUAAAGAACGCCGUCGACGCCGAAUGCAAAUCUCUGAGAAUCUAUUUGACCAGUCGACCUUGACACUCGGCGAAGAGACAAGCAAGACGCUCGAUGAGUUUCUGAUGAGAGACGUCGAGCCGGAGCGCACAUCGGUCAUGUUCAGUCGCAGUCGCUCGCCGUCUAUCGCCAUCGUCGUUGACGAAAGCGAGCGUCGAAGGUCCAGGGCUUCUCGACACAGUUACGAUGCCUCGGUUCGCAGUCUCAUGAACCUGGAUCCGCUGGACCCGUUGGCCCGCAUGUCGACAGAUGAAGCGAGACCCAGCUUCAUUAUCUCGGAGUUGACCGAUUCUUCGAGUGGUCCGACGCAGACAACACCUAGCUUUUCAAACCGCAUGAAGACAACCUCAAGUUCCUCUAAAAGCCAAUCAGUCAAAUCGCAGCCGGCCCCAGUUGCCUCACCACGUCUUUCUCCUCACGCGUCCCCUCGUGCAUCCCAGUCCAUCUCGUCAGUCCUGCCAUCAACGAUGCGAUCUUCACAGCUCUGGGAAACUACCACAGCCGCUGCGACAUCAGCUACAGCGUCAGAGAAGCAGUCGCUUUUUUGGGAGGGGCAGAAAAGCUCGCGGACUUCACUCUCACUUGACGGCGGCUCUCAGUCUGCUUCUCACAAUCUCUCCAGCGAGGCCAACUCACUUUUUUCGUCUCGCUCACCGCAUACAUCCAAUGCUUCUCGUGCUUCUCGCAACUCGAGUCGUUGGUCUGGUCAGAGCCCUAUUCGCUCUCUUCCUUGGAUGAUCAAUGAUGCUGGACUGUCUCGUCGGAACCAUGAGAGGACGUAUAGCAGUCAGUCUCGGUCAAUCAACAUGUCGUCUAUUGCUGAAUCGAUGUGUAUGAAUGAUCAUGGUCACGAUCACGAUCACGAUCAGACACCGUCGGUUCUUCCGUCCCCUUCGCCUGUUUUCCACAUUUCCGAUGCGUCGUGA